GUCUAAACAGUCGUCAAGGCGUCGGCUCUUGUGGCCUGUGGGUGGAGACCGGAGAGAUGGGGGCGUGCGUCGCCUACUUCUCACCUUCCAUCUCCUACCCGCCACUAUAAAUUCUUCUACUACUUGUCUUGCCCCUCAGCUCCGUCUUCCCCGAGCGAGACCCAGAUCAAUCUCCGUCUCAGAGCAAUUCUGCCUCCGCUUCGCCUUGCCCUGCCUCGCCUCGGAAGGGGAAGUAAAUCAUGGCGACGGGUCAAAUUUUCUCGAAAACCACCCAAGCAUUAUUCUAUAAUUAUAAGCAACUCCCUAUCCAACGGAUGCUUGAUUUUGACUUCCUCUGUGGGAGAGAAACACCUUCUGUUGCUGGAAUAAUCAAUCCUGGUUCUGAUGGGUUCCAGAAACUUUUCUUUGGACAAGAAGAAAUUGCUAUUCCGGUUCAUCCUACAAUUGAAGCUGCUUGCAAUGCACACCCAACUGCGGAUGUAUUUAUCAACUUUGCAUCUUUCCGGAGUGCGGCUGCUUCUUCCAUGUCAGCUUUGAAGCAGCCAACUGUCCGAGUUGUAGCCAUUAUAGCAGAGGGUGUUCCUGAAUCAGACGCAAAGCAGCUAAUUAGCUAUGCACGUGCUAACAACAAGGUCAUCAUUGGACCUGCAACAGUCGGAGGAGUUCAAGCUGGUGCUUUCAAGAUUGGUGAUACUGCUGGAACCAUUGAUAACAUAAUUCAAUGCAAGCUGUACAGGCCUGGGUCAGUUGGUUUUGUGUCUAAAUCGGGUGGCAUGUCAAAUGAGCUGUACAACACGAUUGCAAGAGUGACUGAUGGUAUUUAUGAAGGAAUUGCAAUUGGUGGGGAUGUUUUCCCUGGCUCAACUCUUUCAGAUCACAUUCUGCGUUUUAACAACAUACCCCAGGUUAAAAUGAUGGUUGUUCUUGGGGAGCUUGGAGGAAGCGAUGAGUAUUCACUCGUCGAAGCCUUGAAACAAGGAAAGGUUCAGAAACCUGUUGUUGCUUGGGUUAGUGGGACAUGUGCACGCCUAUUCAAAUCUGAGGUCCAGUUUGGCCAUGCUGGUGCGAAGAGCGGUGGUGAGUUGGAAUCCGCACAAGCUAAGAAUCAGGCACUAAGGGAUGCUGGGGCAGUUGUCCCGACUUCAUUUGAAGCUCUUGAAAGUGUGAUUAAGGAGACAUUUGAGAAGCUGGUUGAGGAAGGAAAUAUUCCUCCUGUCCCUGAGGUUACACCUCCCCCCAUUCCUGAGGAUCUUAAAACUGCCAUUAAAAGUGGGAAGGUCCGAGCUCCCACACACAUUAUCUCCACUAUCUCUGAUGAUAGAGGUGAGGAACCUUGCUAUGCUGGUGUGCCCAUGUCUACAAUUAUUGAAAGGGGUUAUGGAGUUGGUGAUGUUAUUUCUCUUUUGUGGUUCAAGCGCAGCCUUCCUCGUUAUUGUACUCAAUUUAUUGAGAUAUGCAUCAUGCUUUGCGCUGAUCAUGGUCCUUGUGUAUCCGGUGCUCACAAUUCUAUAGUUACUGCUAGGGCUGGCAAGGACCUUGUUUCCAGCUUGGUAUCUGGAUUAUUGACAAUUGGCCCCCGAUUUGGUGGUGCAAUUGAUGACGCUGCUCGGUACUUCAAAGAUGCAUAUGAUAGGGGUCUUACGCCUUAUGAAUUUGUUGAGGGCAUGAAAAAGAAGGGAAUCCGUGUCCCUGGGAUUGGUCACAGGAUCAAAAGCAGAGACAACAGGGACAAGAGAGUGCAGCUUUUACAGAAAUAUGCUCACACACACUUCCCUUCAGUCAAGUACAUGGAGUACGCUGUUCAGGUUGAGACCUACACCCUGUCAAAGGCCAACAAUUUGGUUAUGAACGUUGACGGUGCGAUUGGCUCGCUUUUCUUGGAUCUUCUUUCUGGGAGUGGAAUGUUCAGCAAGCAAGAGAUCGAUGAGAUUGUAGAGAUUGGGUAUCUUAAUGGACUCUUUGUGCUUGCACGUUCAAUUGGCCUAAUUGGCCACACCUUUGAUCAGAAGAGGCUCAAGCAACCACUCUACCGUCAUCCUUGGGAGGAUGUCCUCUACACCAAGUGAGGCCGACUCAGCACGGCAUCAUAUGGAUCUUCCACUUGUGUGUACACCAUAAAAUCGAGCAUAAUUGCAUAGAAUUCAAAGUUCUGAUUGUCAACUAGGCGAGGAGGGAGAGAAGACCGUUACAGAUGAGCAUUGGCUGUGUGUAUGUCUUGUGGGACUGGUGUGUUUUUUAUAAGCUCCAACGUAAGUCUUUUUUUUUUUGUUCAAGCAUGAAAGCUUUAGGGCAUCAGAUAUUUGAAAGGAUACUUGAUAAUUGUUUCAUGUUAUCAUCAUUAAGUGACCGCCAAUUUUUCUUCAGACAUUUCAGACAUUUGGGGAGUGUUGUAAUGUUUGUGAUGCUAGUUCCCCAUCACAAAAAAUCCGAAUUCUGUACUGUCAAAUUAUGUGGUACGAGUAAUAAAAUAGAAUAUGCACGUCU